GCACAAUCCAAGGAACCGCAAGCGGCAGUGAAAAGUGUUAGUGGCGUCUUGUGCUUCACAACAAACGAGAGUUAACUAACCGCCUAAUCUCGAUUCUAGGUGGACUUUAUUAACUGAACUCAAUAUAAAUCAUCAUAAUGACCCAAGAAGCAAAGAGGGUGAAAUUGAGCGGCAGAUCAUUGAAUAGGGCCACUACCAAUGAAAUUUCUACGAGAAAAAGUAUUGGCUACUGGGAUAAAGACGAAAAAAAAAUUGUUAGGCCAACAUGCACUUUGAUUAUUCACUACGAUUUCGCCGACCAAGAAAAACCCAUGAAUCGAAGUGAAGCUGACGAAAGAGACGUCGGAAAUAUCAAGUCUACUUUCAAACCACUCGGUAAUGUUUGUGAGACAUUUGAUCGGAAGGAUAAAGUGCUGGAUUUUAUUGGCAGUAAGGAUGAACUAAGAGCGAAAUUCCAGCUCGAAAAUGGCCAGACACCCGAGUUGUUCAUUGUUUUUAUCAUGACGCAUGGAAACAAGGAUGGAAAAUUAACAACACACUAUGACGAGGAAUUUAACGUGUAUGAAGUGUGCGACAAACUGAAAACAAACCCUUUACUUAAAAAUGCCCUGAAACUUCUAUUCGUUUCUGCCUGCCGUGGAAAUAUUCUGGACGAGGUCACUCAUGAGGAACAUGAUGCGCAAAUCAAUUUUAUAGAGGACGCAGUUUACAGCAAAAAAUUGGACACAGAAAAUCCGGACAAUGUGAAUGCAACACGCGUGACAACUGACCCCAACUGCGAGAAUUUCGUCCUUAUGUUUUCCUGCGUUGAAGGCACAUAUUCCCUGCGCUCCGAAGGAACGUACUUGGUCACGUCCAUCAGUGAGUGUUUCAAAGAGUUGGACAAGGAUGUGGACCUCGAGGAGUUUCUAACCAGAAUCAUGGGCUAUCAACAUGACCCCAAUCGAAGAGCGGAAGGAUUCACAUCAACGCCAGAAGUCAAGAUUUUCAAGCGCAGCAGACAUCUCACCAUUGCCAAGCAGUGUGCUGAAAAGAAAUACAAUGAUUUCAGUUACAACUGGAUGUCCGACGCUAAGUCCCAUCUGCUCACGCGAAAAGCACAUGUCUUCGCAGCUUCAAACGAAACAUACCAGUCAGUAAGCGAUGAGUUGAAUAAACAUUUUCAAUUCGAACCAAAGCGCUGGAAAACACUGGAAGAGCUGAAAGAUUCAGUUUCACAUGAAAGUGGAGAUUUUGAUGGCUGCGUACUGAUUUGUGUCGUGGCUGAACUGGUUGAGAACGAAAACCGAGAAGUUUGUGCGAAGAUUGACGGGGAUACAAUCGAAAUAAAAUCUAUCCUGGGCAUCCCGAUCGGUCCUACGACUGCGAAAUGGGUUGGAAAACCUAAAAUUUGUGUUUUCCUAAACACAAACACCGUUUUCCAAUCUUGUUCGAUCGAUAUACAUCAGAAUUACAACAAGACGAAAUUAUCGAUCAGCGGAACCAUCCACGCGGGUCUCUUAUCUAUUAUCCUGCCACAAGCAAAUGCAGUUAAGACUUUCAUCGAUACCCUCAAUGAUUUCACUUCUCAGAAGAAAAUAGAAAGCGCCACAUUCCAGCAGUUCUGUUUUUCAUUGCUACAAAAAUCACAGACCAACAGGAACAUCCCUCCGAUGAUGAUCUCGACUCUACAAAAAACCUUAAGAAUGAGGUUUCCGCCACCCAUCAUAACGGAAUGCUUCACAAAGACUACGAAUGGGAAUACAAGGCCUUGUACCAUAAGCGAUCUUGAGUCCUUCAUCAGCAUCAAUAUCAAAAAGCUAAAACUCGUAUUUGCCGAGCCGAAUUCCCGUGGCGCAGAAGUCGAGGUCGAUGAAAACAAGUCGUCCAUAUUACGGCAAAAUGCAACGCCUUUCCCAACAAAAGCGACAGAAGUUUCAAAAACUGAAGAAGUCACUUCAGAGGAAGCUGUAGACACGGUGCACGUGGUGUCUGCCGAUGCGGGCUCGGGAAAGUCCGAACUGGCUAAGUAUCUCACUUUUUUCGCCCAGAGCACUCGAGAGGCAACAUGCGUGGACCUGAUGACGAUCAUGUACCAGUUUGUGAAGAGAUUCGACUGGGGGAAGCAACAAAAUGGUCUCUCAGUUUUUGUCCAAGAGUGCGGAGAGUAUAUAAAGACGGAACUGCAGAACGGACCGAACGACCGAGUCUUGAUUAUCGACGCGAUUGACUCCUUGUUUGAAGACUUGCGGAAAAAUGUGCUUGAGACAGUGAGAGGACUGGCGGUAAACAAGGUGCCAAUAUGGAUUUUCACGAGGCCCAAAUGCAAAGAUGAGUUGCUGUCUCGUCUUUCUGAAAUCUGCUCACUCAGCGUGAUCGAAAUCGACCCUCUUUCCGAAGAGAAACAAACCGAAUUUCUGCAGCAAUGGGGUUUUAAAAAAGUACAAAUCGACCAACUCCUUGAUAAAAUCAAGGAGCAAAAAGCCGAGGACCUGAUCAGCAAGGUUGGCUACCUGGCAAAGCUCUCAACCUUUCCUGACCUAGCGAAAAAUCUGGAAACCGUCAAUAUUUACAAUUUAAGUGCACAUAUCGUUGACACGGCGAUCAGGUCGUACCUAAACAAACAAAAGCCAGAUCUGGAAAUUUCGAAACGUAACGAGGUUUUUGACAAAAUCAAGAAUGAACUCGCUCAUGAGGCCUGCAAUUAUUUCUUAUCAACUCAAAUCCAGAAGCAAAACUCAAUUCAACAAGGGAAAAAAGCCCUCCAAGACCUCUUCUUCAGAUACCCUGCGGUCGAGGUGAACGGUACCCUGGCCGCCUACCUCUUCGUCAGAAAAAUGGAAAGCGAACUGGAUGAGAAGCUUAAGACGCUCAAGGAUGAUGCCAAGAAAGCAAGCCUUGAACGCAUGGUUAACUUUCAACGCGAAAUCUUGAAUGUGUUUUGAUUUAGGCAAUACUGCAUCGGUUUGCUAAUUUAAUAAAUGUAAUAAUAUGUUAUUUCUACCACCUUA